ACUUCAUGUACCGGAUACAUUGAAGAAUAGUUGUCUUCGUUUGCAAUGCAGGGCAACUGGUACUUCCGUUUGCUGGCGCCUAACGUUAGUAAGGAGUAAUUAACUGUUCUACCUAUUCAUGCCAGCUUCAGAGAGCAUUGAUCUUCUAAAUUUUACUCAAUCCCAGUCUCUGGCGCAGCAAAAUGUCGCUAGGACCUCAUCUCUACUACGACGGCGAAGACUACGAAUGCCUCCUAUGCGAUAGGCGGUUUGAAACCGAAAAGGCACUGUACGAUCAUUGUCGAUACACCAGUCGCCAUGAAUGGUGCGAAACUUGCAUGCGGGUCUUCGUUUCUACGACUGCAAAGAAUCAGCAUCUGUUUUUCUCCCCAGUCCACAGUCACAUCUGUACGCUAUGCGCUUCUCGACCUCGAUUUGAUACCGCUUGGGAACUGAAGGCCCAUCGCGUCGACCAUCACAACCUAUGUGACAUUUGCGGCACAUACUUUGACAAUGAGAACGACCUACGAAUGCAUCAGCAGCGCCACCAGGCUAGGAAUUUGCAAUGCUACGGCUGCUAUCAAUACUUCAAGACUUUCUCAGGCAUGUUGAUCCAUCUCGAGUCAGGCAGCUGUCCCUCCGGAACAGACAUUGAUGAUAUCAACCACCUGGCGCGUCAGUGCUAUCAGAGUCGCAAGUACAUCGAUAUAGACGGGGAUUACAUUUGCCCUGGCUGUGAUAAGUUCUGCUCGAAGCUCUCUGGAUUAUUCCAGCAUGUUGAGGACUCUCUGGACUGUUCGUACCUCAAAGAGAAAGGCCAGUGUCUGGCAAAGUUGGAGUAUUAUAUCUCUUGGAAUGUGCGACGCUAGCCAGGCAUAAAGAGCCUUCUGCCGUCCACUUUGCGAGGUAUGACUAGAGAUUGUCCAGAAGGCAUGCUUUGGAUCUAUAUGGCUUUCCUGAGGCCCAUGUACAUAGAACAUGUGAAACCCUG